GUCUCAAACUCCACAUCUUCUCCGUCUCUCUUCUACAAGAGAACUCCUAUCACAGCUAUUCACAGCUAACGUUUUCUUCCAUUCCGAAUAGUCAACACGCUUGUCUCCUCCAAGGAGUCCCCAUUCAACACGCUUGUACUGGUGUCGGAGUCGAACCCAAUGGCUCUUCGUUUCGAGACGCUCGAAUCAUCUUCCUCCGAAGCAGUAGCUUUCGCCGCCAAGGGAACGACUUACCCCGCCUGCUAUGUCAGUCCUCCGAAGAGUCCUCCUCCUGGCUUGUACGAUCGCGGUACAAUACCACGGGGUUCCACGGCUGCUGACGUGGAGAUGGCGUCACUCGAAUGCAAGCUCCACCUGCUCGACCUUCAGCGCCAGCUCAGCGCCGUCAAAUGCCAGGGCUUCAUCGAACGGCUGCAAUCCGCCAUGCAACGGACAUCCGACGACGAAUCAGACGCCGCCACGCUGGCAUUCCCAGAACCCACCAAUACGGACUCGUCAGUAGCGCUAGAGCAGCGGACCCGGAGCAGCUCGGCUCAGGUUCAAUACGCCGCCGCCGCGAGCGGAAAGUACGGAAGCUUCUACCAACGCCAGCGCGGUCUCAGGCGCCAUGUGUCCCUCGAUAUUACCGAGCGGCCCGCGUCGCCUGGCGGAGUCGGAGUCGGAAGCAGUCAAUCCUGGAAUGACGACCUGAGCUUCUACGCGGAACCCGCCUCGCGGAGUUCCGCGGGAUCCCCCCAACUGCGGAGCGUGUCACACGCGCGGAGUUCCGCCGGCUCCCCCCAACCGCGGAGCCUCUCACACUCGCUGGGUUCCUGCCCCCCCCAUCCCCGCGGAAUCUCACACACGCGCUCAUGGCCAGCGCAUUCCGCCGGUCCGCGGGGCUUCAGCUCUCCGCGCUCCAGCCCCAAGCAGCUUCUGGCCUCCCCCCGGCGAGUCAGAUCCGCAAACCACGCGUCCCCUCGCGAGGGUUCGCUCCUUCAGCGACACAGCAGCAGCACCGAGCACAGAUUCGUUACAGGCCCUUCAGCUCUCUUUUGCUCUAGUGCUACAGUGGAUGGAGAAAGGUUCAUGGCUUGAAGAUUCUUUUGUUGUGCAAUCUUGCUUUGGCCGUUGAGGGUCAGUUUUGAAGCUGUCCAGGCACCUGUAAAUACUUAGAUUUUAUAGUAUGCAUUCAUUGUCAUUACUCAGAUCAAGUUGAA